ACAUUCUAAAAUAGGGCGCUGCCUUUAUGAUUUGCUUCAGGCAGCUGAGGGCACUACGUCUUUCAGGCACCAAAGAAAGGGCAGUUCUAAAAUAGUUGUCUCCUCCCUUCUUGGCGUCUAUUGCUGUCACAGAUGAACACGAACUAACGGGAUUCCUUGAAAAAUAUGCCAGAUAUCUUAAAGAGAAAGAGAAAUAACAAUUAUAGCAAGCACAAACUUCUAAAAGCAAGUUGGAGUUACCAGACGAAAGAAUUUUUCGAAAACAGCACCCUUCAUGGAGUUCGCUACAUCGCGGAAGAAGACAGACCUUUCUAUGAGAACUUCAUGUGGCUUAUAUUUGUAUCCACAAGUACCAUUGUCACAUUAAUUAUUAUAGUUUCUUUAUGGGAGAAGUUUCAAACAAACCCUACUAUAACUGGUUUGGAUACUGAUUUUCAUAACUGGGAUGUUCCUUUUCCUGGAAUUUCAGUCUGCCCCUUUAGUCCAGCCAGGCGUGCAGUAAUUGAAGAAUAUGUCAAAGAAAAAUGGGGAGAAUCUCUUACAGAAGAAAAAAUAAAUUACUUGAGCAACUUCAUUAAUAUAAUAGCUAACUUGACUUAUGAUAAUAUGAAUGAAUUAGAGGCAUACCAAAAUGAUAAAAUUCUACCACACAGUGAUUUUAGAGCUCUUGUGUAUAAGGUAGUUGAUCAUUGUGAAGAUUUAAUACUGGAUUGUUACUGGAAAGGAAAAGAGUUUAAUUGCUGUGACGCUUUCUUUCCCACAUUCACAGAAAAAGGAUUUUGCUAUUCAUUCAAUUCCAUACAUGCAGAAAAGACAUGGCCUUGGAAAGAAAAUGAGGGUGAAAUCGAAAUAAAAAUAAAUUAUAUAUAUGAGACUGAUACUAAAUGGACAAUAGAAUUUGAUGGAAAUACUACAGACAAUCCAUACAGUAUUUAUAUUCACUCAUCUGACGAACUACCUGGUAUCGAAAUGUCGCCUCAGCAUGUGUGGACUCAAGCAGUUAAUAGAAUGUUCUUUGCAUCUCGAACCACCUAUACUACUGCUGAUGCAAGACAAUUAACAGCCAAGCAAAGGAAAUGCAUCUUCGAAGAUGAAGUAAAGCUGAAAACAGCAGAAAAAUAUUCAUACUGGGCUUGCAUGUCAGAUUGUCGCAUGAGAGCAGCUUUGGACAAGUGUGAUUGUGUUCCUUUUUUCUAUCAUCAAGUUAGUGGAUUUCCUUAUUGUAAUUUAGAAGGCCUUAUUUGCAUUUCCAAAAUAGCCGAUGAAUUACGCAGAUCACUCAACUGCCCUUGCGAGCUGGGUUGUGAGAAUACUGUAUAUGAAGUAGAGAAACUCAGCAAUGCAGUAGAGAUUGGUGAAGAGCCUAUUGAAAUUGGAUUCGUUUCUUGGCCUAUGAUUCGUUACAAAAGAGAGGUUUUGUUUGGAUGGGUUGAUCUUCUUGUGGCUUUUGGAGGAAUAGCUGGACUAUUUCUUGGUUUUUCCCUACUCUCAGGAGUUGAAAUUGUAUAUUAUUUUACCAUGAGAGCUGCCUGUAUGAUCUAUCGAGACUCUGAAACACUUAUAAAAUUAGAAGAAGAAUCUGAAGAAAAAAUCUUACCAAAUAUUGAUUUGGGACUUAAAAUAAAUAAAGAUGAGACAAAAAUAUCAACAGAAAAAAUAUAUCCAAUGGCAAUUCCAAACAAAAAAAUAUAUGUAAAUGUCCCAUUCCUCAAUUAAUCAUAUAUUUAGCCAGGUUAUUGUAUUAAGACAAUAUAUCACUAGUAUCACAUCAAUAAUCAAGUAAAUUUAAUUCAAUUUAUUACCUCUUAAUAUAAAUGUAAAAUUUUACUCAAAAUUUGAUCAUGAAGAAUUUAAAAUGUAUAGAAGGUAAUUAAACAUAUAAUAAUAAAGAAUAAAUAAUCUUUUAUAAUAUUUCAAAAUACCAACU